AUGGAGAACGGAGCCUCAGCAGCAGAGCAGAGCGUAGCAGCACUUAUGGAUGUUGUGGAUGAGACGCAGCCCGAAACCACAGACUCUGGCGAUGCACUGGGACUAGGUACCUCAACGCUAGGCGCAGCGAUCCAGAGCACAAACCAGAGGCUGUUUGACCCGCUAGCACAGAUGAUGGACUCGGACGCAGAUUCAGAAAGCGAUGAUGAGCCGCUGCCGAAGCCUGCGGCUCUACCCAGUGCUCCAGAGAGCAGGCUGCAGCUGGAGUCCUCGCUGCUGGGCACUGCAGCCAAGGCACCGGAGCGAUCGUCCAGCAAUCAGCAGCAGCAUGUCGAAGACGAGUCUCAGGAACUGGGCGCCACUAUGAAGCCAGCACCGGUUGUACCCAAGCUGGAGUUUAAGCAGACGGACUUUGCGCUCCGCAAGCAGAGUAUCGUUGCGCGGCUAACGGCCAAGGGUGCAAUUUCAUCGCGGCGUGCCGUGACUGACGACUCGGACGGGAGCUCAAGCGAUAGUGACGAGGAGCUGAGUGCAAAUGCCAGGAUGGAGAUGGACGACUCAGAGUCCGAGCCUGAGCUAGGCGAGACCAAAAAGAAGCAGAAGGAGCCUAAGAAGCCCAAAGCAGGUUCAAUUGAUAGCUCCCCGCCGAAACAGCGGGCAGCAUCCAAGGCAGCGAUAUUGAAAAUGCACCAGGAGACCGAGCGCCUAGUUCGCGAAACCCAGGUGCAUAUCGACCCGACAGAGUUCACCAAGCGCCUGCAGCUCUCAGACUUUUUCACCCGCUUCGACUCUGAAAAGGCGGACGCGGCUUCACGCAAGCAGCGCAAACAAGACGCAUUGGAGAGCAAGCAGAGGCUGCGGUUCUCGGCCGACUCGGAUGACGAAGUCGAGAUCGAGAUCGUGGGACCCAAGCAGCAGAUACUAGCACACGGCGCACGCAGCUCGCGCCUGUUUGCCUGCGCGCAGAAGAAAAAGGAGGAGGAAAAGAAGGAGCAGGACAGGCUGGCGACUAUUUUGCGGUACGGGUCGCAGCCCAUGCAUGUGUCGGGGGCAUUGCCUGCGGCCAAGAAGGCCGACGGGCCGCUUGCACUGCGGUCACUGAAUAGCGCUCUGCUCGAGGCUGUGCAUAAACAAGACAUGGGGCGUAAGCGCAAGGACAAGAGGCAUGGCGAGGACAGCUCGCAGGUCAUUGAAGAUGAUGAGGAUGAAGAUAUGGCGAUGGAGGACAAUGGUGUGGAAAUCGGCGACGAAGAUGUGGCAAUGGAGGAGGACAGUGGGUCUGAUGCUGACGGGUCACAGUCGAGAACUGGCUCGCGCAAAGUGGUUAUAUCUGACGACGAGGAUGAUGCGGUUGAGGAAAGCAAGCCCAUUGGCGUUUCCAAGCCUAAGCCUGCGGAAUACCCUCAGAGCAAGGCCAAGUUCCUAGGAAUGUUCAAGAUGCCAGCAAAGAAGCCGGCAGCGCCUCCAGCGGCCAAGCCUGAGGAGGCGCGUGUCGAGAGUUCGCCAACAUCCGAUGACCCGCAGGUUCUGCCAUCGCAGGAUCUGUCAUAUAUUUUCUCCGGAGACCAUGGGAUGCAUACCGACACUCAGGACUCGCUGCUUUUGACACCCAGUGCCGGGACGCAGCAGGCAGCACAACAGACCACGCAACCGACAACACAGCUGACGCAGCAAGGAACACAGCCGACACAGUUGUUCCAGCAGUCGAUGGAUCCGCUCGGCCUGCUUAACAGCUCACUGCUGGCUGGCGACUCGCAAAUGUCGGUGGGGAUCCCGGCUCUGGGCGAUGGUAUGCCAACACAGAUGACGCAGUCGCUGCAGCCAACGAUUCCAGACCGCGAGGAUUCGCAGAGUUCAGACAUCCCAACGCUGGUCCGACAGGCGUUGCAACUGGAGCUGUCUGAUGAUGACGGGGAUGACAGGCCAGAAACGGCAGCCGAAGCAUCACUCGCACGGGCUGAAGAGCCAGGAGACCAACAUCCAGGGAUAGCCAACGAGUCCGACGGAUCCCAGCCACGUCCCCGUGGUCGCCUGUUGCAGCGCCGCGCACAGCUCGACGAGAAGAAAAAGAAGAGGAUGGGCAGGCUCGAGAGAUCCGAGUUCCUUGAGGACGAGGCCGAGGAGGGCGAGAGCUCUGAUUCUGACAAUGAUGGCCAGCGCACGAUCCGGCACCGCAAGUUCGACUGGGGCAAUGAUUCCCAGGCCAACAUACCUUCGGACUCCGAGAACGAGUUCCACGAGCUGGACAGCGACGAAGAAGCCGAACAGCUGCUGGCCGACCCCUUGAUCAACAACGAGGACAUGUCUGAUGAAGAGGGUGACGAGGCGAUCCGUGAGCUGCAUCGGCAGCGGGCCAUGGAAGACGACGAGAAGGCGAUCCAGGAGCUUGCCAAGGAUAUCGCCACAGGCAAUUUAAGGAAUCGUGGUCGCGCACGCAACCUCUUGGGUCUCGAUGAGGAGGACUACAACGACCGACAGUCGAGGCAGGAGCGUAUGGAGGAGCGCGCACGGCUCAGAAGAAAGCUCAUGGCGAAGGAGAUCCACGACACGAAUCUGGCUGCUAUUGCAAAGAACCCAGAGACUGCGGCAUUUGCCAACGCUGCACUGAUGCGGCCACCCACACAGUCCACUAGAGGCAACUCGUCUCAGGCACCAGCCGGUGACGACGACGGCGACGGUGACGAUGAGGACGAUCUGCUGAAUGAUGAGAUGCUGGAUCUCGAGGAGGAAAUCGACGAGAACUCGGUAGCUGCUGCUGUUCAGCAGCAGUUAUCAAGACCGCGCAUGCGCGUCGAGAGCGACGAUGACGACAAUGGGUCUUCAGACAACGACAGCAGCAAACAGGGCAGCAUGGGCGUGCGACUAGCGGACGGGAGUGGGUUCUCGACACGGAUGAACAGCUCGCAGACCAGCUCGAACGGCCUGGUCGGACUGGCCGAUGAUGGCCUUGACACGCCAUUAUCUGUGGAGAGCCUGAUUGUGCGGCGCAAGACAUUGAACAGCAAGUCGACGCUGUUGCCGCCGGGUCCUGGCUCGCUUCUCAAGCGGCCUGGUGCUUCGCUGCUCCAGUCGCCGAUGGCCAAGCGGUACAAUGCAAUGAAAAAGUAG